AUGGCAAAGUUUCCAGAUCAGCCUUCAGCUUUGCACGCUACCCGGAAGCCUCGUGCAGGAGAGCAAGCUGGAGCGGGGUAUCAUUUCGUGACCGACGAGCAGAUGCAGCCAGACACAGAUGCUGGGCUCUUUGGAACGUCCUUUGAGAUAGUUUCAGCUGCGACUUUGGAUGGGGAAGUGCGUUCACGUGACAUUGACCUCCAGGGUGCUGUGGCCUUACGCAGGUCUGCCCUGACAAGUGUUGUGGUAGUUUUUGCGCCGCCCACAGCACUGGUUAUGGAGCUAAAGUUGUCCGACGCAAGUUAUAUUACAGGGGCUGCGACAGAAGUCAAGAUGCAAUAG